GAACUUUUUUGAAUAUUCUUCUUGCAAAUUGAACUAAUUCUCUAAAUUACCAAUUCAUAAAAAAAAAAAAUUAAAAUUUAAAAUUUCUUAGUUCUUAUACAGUCAUUCAAAUUAGUUAUGCAGUUUUGGUUUCAUCAAUAUAAUCAAUUUUCCUUUGCAGCAGUGAUGUAACAAUUGUUUUGGUUAGUACAGUAAAUAGAAAUAAAUAGAAAGGGACAUACACUGAGGAUAUAUCGUAAGCCAGCCAGCUACACUCUUCCGCUCAUUAAAACUUCACCACAUUACAUUUCUCACUUACACACCCUUCCAUCCUUUCCUCGAAAUCUCCCCAUAAUCUCCUCUCUUCUCUCCGCCACCACCACCACCACCACCAUGGAGUACAUUUUCCAAGCUUGCAAGUUUCUAGUGAACCGACUAAGCAAGCAACCAGGCUUCACAACCGUCGAGUAUUGGCUAGUUAACCACCCAAAAAUUCACAGCUUUGCAUGGAAACAAGGCCAAACACCAGGCUCAUCUCCUGUCUUCCUUACCUUAACAGUUAUUGCUUAUCUUUCCGUCACUUUCCUUCUCACCCGCCCCUCGUUCGGCAUCAGUUGUAGCCCUCGGUUCCUUAGAAACCUUACUGCUAUCCAUAAUAUGAUCCUUCUUUCUCUUUCUUUCACCAUGGCUGUUGGUUGCACCCUCUCUAUCCUCCUCCUCUUGCCAAACGUUGACCACCUUGUUUGUUUCCCUAAAAAAACCCCACCAUCAGGGCCUCUCUUUUUUUGGGCUUACAUAUUCUAUCUUUCAAAAAUCUAUGAAUACAUGGACACCCUUUUGAUUAUCCUAAGCAACUCUGUAAGGAGGCUUACUUUUCUCCAUGUCUAUCACCAUGCUACUGUGGUGGUCAUGUGUUAUCUAUCUUUGCAUACUUCACAGUCAAUGUUUCCUGGUGUGCUUGUCACAAAUGCUGUUGUUCAUGUCAUAAUGUACUUCUACUAUCUUCUUUGUACGUUAGGGAUACGUCCAAGCUGGAAAAAACUGGUCACAGACUGCCAGAUAGUGCAAUUCUAUUCAAGCUUUGCAAUCAUGGGUUGGAUUUUCUACUACCAUUUUACAGGCUCAGGUUGCUCUGGUAUUUUGGGUUGGUAUUUUGAUGCUGUUUUCAUUGCCUCUCUUUUGGUUCUGUUCCUUGACUUCCACUCUAAGAAUUACUCUAAGAAGAAGGCCAAGGGAAAUUAGGAUACUCUGAUUUUUAUAUCUUCCAAAAUAUUUUUAAAUUUAUGGUCAUUCAUGAUUUUCAUUGACCAUAUCAGUUCUUCUUCUUCUUCUUCUUCCUCUCUUUUCAUUGUCAUUUGUCGCAAUCAUCAUUUUUAUAUUAUGAUACUAGUUUGGCGUGCACGUUCACAAUGACAUAAAUGAGCUUGUCAGGAUUUUGUUGAUUCAAUACAGUCGUUUGCUCAAGUGAAUGUGCACAACAAAUCUGUAAUUUUAUUUGAAUUUGGGUUUCAUUUUUAUCUCUCUAUCUUAGAGUAAUUCAAUGCAAGGGUGAAAAAGUGGAAGACAUUGUGAGGGGAUAUGGGUGACACUUAUUAUGUACACUAGAUUUUCAGAGUUCAUUGUUACCUUUCUGGCUUGUAGUAUGCUUGUGCUGUCAGGAUUCAUAUUUUAGGUAUUAAAUGUUAGGUUGGUGGAGUGAUGGAUGUGUAAUUUCAAAUGUUCUUCUCUGUUGUGUGGAAAGAAAAGGAAAAAAGACCCAGAAAUGUUUUAUUGACUGCUA